AUGAAGCCAUCCGUCCUUACAAUGACCGUGGCCUUCUUGGGUGCAGCAGUCUCCCAAGAGAUCUUCCGUUGCCGUUGCGCGAGUGCAAGCAAUUUUGACGUAAGCCUGGAAGGUAUCUCAAGCCUGUGUACCUCCAAGGGCGGAGAGAUUGAGAGCGCAGGCUUGUGCGUCAAGGUGCCCUCCAGAUUUACAAACGACGAGUGCACAAAGGUCGAAGCCGGGGCCAAGGGCGACUGUAUCGUCGACACCACCUCCGGCGGGUCCACCAGCUCCGUGUCGUCGCCCGCCGCUACGGCACAAGCUACUCCGAAGCCUAGAGCCGUCGAUCCUCAAGCUUGGGUGGCCUAG